CGAGGCGUGGCAAGCAGCUAGUGGCGUGUCUCAUCUCGAACCAGCAGCGGGUGUAAAUAAAUAUACACAACAGAAUCAUCAGGAAUGGAGUCCACUCAGGAAUUUAAGGAGACCACAGCUGUGAACCUGGGCGCCCUCCUAGACGCGGGGGACGGAGCCGUGGUGAUUCUGGCGGCGGGCGACACACGUCUCGUGGUGCACAGGGCCGUGCUGGCCGAUAGGAGUCCCGUGUUCGCCGCGAUGUUCCGGCACGAGACGCUGGAGGCCAGCAGCGGCCUGGUCACGAUACCAGACGUGGAGGGCCCGGUGCUGCGCCAGCUGGUCGCCUACCUCUACACCCUGCAGGCCCCCCAGCUGCCCGGCAUGGCCGCCCAGCUGCUGGCAGCCGCAGAGAAGUACGGCUUGCUGCUGCUGAAGGCUCACUGCGAGCGCCAGGUGGCCGCGCAGCUGUCAGUCGAGAAUGCGGCGACCACAGCCGUUCUCGCAGUCAGGCACUCCGGGGCCAGCCUCACAAAGGCCGCCGUUAACUUCAUGAAGGCCCACCUGGUUCCAGUGAUGGCGACGCAGGGCUGGGCUGACGCAGUCCGCUCCCAGCCAGAAGACGUGGUCCAAGUCAGUCGGCUGCUCUCAGAGCUACCAGCAGAAACCAGGAGCCUUUCUGCAAAAGAGAAGGACAGGAGACUAAUCAAGGCAGCUAAGCAGGGGACCGUGGAUGAUGUGCGGACGCUGCUCGCAGCAGGGGCCGAUGUGGGGGCGAGAGAAGAGGAAGGCACCAGGAGAACCGCCCUGCAUUAUGCAGCAGCAGAGGGACACGUCGAGGCUGCGAGGUGUUUGGUAGAGGCUGGCGCAGAAAUGAGUGCCAGGACGUCCCGUGGGAACACGCCUCUGCACAGGGCUGCCUGGAACGGCCACGCAGCAGUGGUGCGGCUGCUGACGGCGUCCUCUGCCGACCCCAACGCUUGGAGUGAGGGUGGGUGGACUCCACUGCACGAUGCGGCGUUCAAUGGCCACGCGCAGGCAGCGACUGCACUGCUGCAGGCAGGGGCCGACCGGAGAGCCAGAAAUAAUGAAGGCAAGACGGCACUCGACCUCGCCAGGGAGAAGAACCAUCAGCAGCUGAUAGACAUUCUAAGAUGAAGCUAGCAGCAGAACAAAUAAGUCUGCAGUAAAAUUAAAAGAACAUCGCUGCACAAUGUUUGGUUAUUUUUGAUUUACAGAAUACAAGAAACGUUAAUUCUGCAGUUAUUCGUUGUACCUGUGUCAACUUAGUACAUAUAACAGCACUAGUAGCACCACACAAGAGUGAUAAAUUACUUAUCUAUAAACUAUUGUAAAUAACAAAAGGCACACUUUAUUUCAUAAAAAUACUAACAAAAAUCGAAAACUGUACUAUUACUAAUAAACAUAAGUUUUUGGCAAUAUUUAACUAGUGAAAAGUACUUCAUAGGAACGUGACUGCUGCUAUGUGAAACUACUGUAAUUUCACUUUACACACAUUACUGCCACAUAAGUUCUAUAGUUAUGAUGUAUCUUCAGUAUAUAUGUAAGACUGAAUUUACUUCUUUCUCUGGCAUGAAGAUAGUGCAAUAACUUGUGCCUGCAAUUACAGUGUGAUAUUAUUCUCAAUAUUCACACCACGUAAGUACUGAUUUCAGACUAAAUUUACUCAUGGGUCCGCAAUACAGGCGGUCCAGUAUGUAAUGUAUUCAAUUAGAAUGUGACAUUGGGUUUAAUAUUAUCACAGUGUUAUGUGCUUAUCAUCUAAAAUGGUAUUAUCAGUUUAUUUGUAC